ACCGCAAAUAUAGAUUGCUUUUGACAGUCGUGUACCAUUCUAUAAGGUUAAGUGCCUAAUACAAGAUGAGCUUUGCACUGGCAAACGGCGUGUUAACGUCAACUGUGGUGGGCGACAUUGCUUUAAUAUUUGCAACGCUUUUUGUGAUAUUAAACUACAUUUUGCCCAUUGCAAAAUUACGCCAAUCUUCUAGCAAUUUAGAAAAACAGGUUGGGCUUGGUUCCUUUAAAAAGCAUUGGUUUUUCGGCCACCUACGCUUGUUUCCACCACUAGAACAUGGUCUAUUAAAACGAGCCCAACGUACCAUACAAACACCCGCUUGGGUGACAACAUGGUUUGGACCUUUAGUGUCAGAAGCAACUACUCAUCACUCCGAAACAGCUAUAACACUCCUUGCUAGUUCAGCUCCCAAAAACGAAUACGUUUACAAGUUUCUCCGCCCAUGGUUGGGAGAUGGUUUGUUAGUCAGCAAUGGUAAGAAAUGGAUGCGAAAUCGUCACCUGCUCACACCAGCUUUUCACUUCAGCAUUCUUAAACCAUACGCUGAAAUUUCGAACAACUGCAUUAAAACCAUGAUAGAAAAAUGGACGACCAAGACCAACGUUGCUUUUGAUAUUUAUAAAGAUGUCAACAGUAUGACACUGGACACAAUGCUACAAUGCGCAAUGUCGUUUAAGAUAGAAGGAUUGAAAGAAAGACCACUCGUUGUCGCUUACCAGUUAUACACCGUAUAUUGUGGAGGAAUUUGCUUUUUAAAUUUUUCGGAGGGGUCUUAUUGGCGUCACUUUAAAAAGCGCACGUUGGAUAUAGAAUGCAUCUCAUGGUCGUUGUACAUGUUGGCUCAACAUCCAGAAUAUCAACAAAAAUGCAGAGACGAACUAGAAGAAGUUCUGAAAGACAAAGAAGACAUUGAUUGGUCAGACCUGACCAAGUUACAAUACCUGACAAUGUGUAUCAAGGAAACGCUAAGAAUUCGACCACCGGUGCCAGCAAUUAGUCGCCAACUAGAUCAACCCCUGACUUUUAAAAGCAAAACUCAUAACGUCCCUCCAACUACAUUAGCGAAGGGGUCGUUCGCAGGAGUCCAGAUCUUCUCAUUGCAUAGGAAUGUACAUGUAUGGGAAGAACCAGAGGUCUUUAACCCAGAUCGAUUUACCCAGGACAACAUAAAGAAACGGUCGCCUCACGCCUUCCUUCCUUUCUCGGCAGGUUCAAGGAACUGUAUUGGACAGAACUUUGCCAUGAACGAAAUGAAGAUUGCCGUCGGGCAAAUCAUAAGAAAAUACGAAUUAUACAUCGACGAUGACACUCCGGACACCGUAAUGGAGACGGCCUUGGUGUUGCGGUCAACCAACGGAAUCAUGAUUAAAAUAAGGAAAAUUUAAAAGUCAAUAAACGGCUUCGGAAUCGUUA